GGUACUUGUUAUAUCACACAAACUCCCGACACUCGAAGAAUCAUCAAUCACUCCCCAAAGCAACAAAAAUGGGGCUACUUUCAUCAUCUUCAAACUCUCAACCAAAGGGAAUAACAAUCACAGUACCAGUUCUAGUUCUUGCUCUCUCUGCUUCCGCCAUUUUUCUCUUUUUCUUACUUUCUUCUCUCUCCACUCCUUGCUCUUGCCCUACUCCUUCUGUUUCCGCAACUUAUCGCGAACCUUCUGGAAGAUCCGAAGAAAGGGUUUCGACAACAACUGAGGAUAUUUCAUGGGUUAAAGAUCAGAUCCGAAUUAAUGGGUUGCAUAUGCAGGAUAAUGUCUUACGUAAGGGGAUUAAUCCUCGUACUAGGGUUCAACAGCUUGAGGAUCUUCGACAGUACAAAGGCAUUUCUCAUUAUGAAGGCAAUGAGGCCAAUAACCACACUGCUUUACCCUGCCCUGGUGAGCUGCUCGUUGAAGAGCAUCAUAGCAACUAUGGUGAGCCAUGGGCUGGUGGCAGAGAUGUAUUCGAAUUCCUUGCUGAGUCUGCCCGCCUUAGCCCUGAUGCCCGAGUUCUUGAAAUUGGAUGUGGGACUCUCAGAGUGGGAUUGCACUUCAUUCGGUACUUGAAACCUGAGCACUUUCAUUGUCUAGAGAGAGAUGAGUUAUCUCUUAUGGCGGCUUUUAGAUACGAGCUUCCAUCCCAAGGUCUAUUGCACAAGCGCCCUUUAAUUGUAAAAGGUGAAGACAUGGAUUUUAGCAGAUUUGGAUCUGGAGUUGUCUUUGAUCUGAUGUAUGCUAGUGCAGUUUUUCUCCAUAUGCCUGAUAAACUUGUUUGGGCUGGGUUGGAGCAGUUAGCGAAUAAGUUAAAGCCAUAUGAUGGGCGUAUAUUUGUGUCUCACAACAUAAAGUUCUGUUCUCGGUUAGGUGGAGAUGAGUGUACAAAGAAGCUCAUAAGCCUAGGGCUUGAGUAUGUUGGAAAGCGCACACAUGAUAGUCUGCUUUUCAAUCAUUAUGAAAUUUGGUUCGAGUUUCAGCGAGUAAAGGCUUAGCUGUUUGAUAGGCAAAAGCUUCUAGUGUUUGAUACUUUCUUCCAUCUGAAAGGAAAAUGGAGGUCAUUGGUUUUGCCAGUGGUUUAUGUCAUGAUGCUGAAAUCUGGAAGAUCCAUUGUUAAUCCGAAGCCAUACGUGGAAUCGGAUGAAUCCUGAUCAGUGAAUGUGUUUUUUUUGGAGUUGAUAUGACAGAGGAUAUGAUGUCUCUGUAGUAUCUCAAGCAGAUCUAUACUGAAAGUUUACUUAAACUUGCUGCAAAGAUUAGGGGAUGAUUUUGUUUCCUUUAGUGCUACACCUUGUUUCUGGAAAUCGAAUUCGAAAUUCUGGUGGCUGGCUGGUAAUUCUUUGUUUUUGCUUAUGUUAGCUGUGUGUAAUUCUUUGUAGAUUGUAAAAUUAUUUGAAAAAGAAAAAUCUGAUUCAUAUAUUGAAAUCUAAUUUUAAUA